GGUUAACGUGUCACACAUUCCAUGAAUCUUUCUGGCCACCUCUGGACACACAUGACACACCCUCCUCACUCCUCUCUCUUUCUUCACGUUCUACAAGAAAAACCCCAUCCGACUUCGACUUCGACUCCUCAGUUAUCCCCGAGCCACCACGUUAGAAGAUUCUAGAACAAUAAGGGCCAAUAAGCUUCGACUCCAAAGCAAAUGACAAACAUGUAGCUGCUGAGGGUGGAUCAAUAAUACAUAUAGUCGAUAAACAUAAUCCCUGAAUUGGUGGGUACAAUCUUGAUCAUAGUAAUAAAGCCUUUUUCACUUUUUAAACUAUCUUGUAUGGCUGGUGUGAGAGGAACUUGUAUAGUUAUAAACACUUGGGUUGACAUUCUGAGUGCAUCUAUCUACUUCCAUGUAAACAUAUUUUGGAGAUUUAUGCUUUGGACUGUAUCUAUAAUAACUCUACCCACACGUGCUCUGGGUGCACUACACAGAGAGAAACAGUUACAGGCACAACUCAGUGAACUACAAGAAAGAUUGGAUUCUCUUGCAUGGGAUAGGAGGGAGCUUCAAGAACAUAUACGAGUGGCCAUUAAAGAGCAUGAAAUGAUGGAACUUAUGUUAGGUGAACUUGAAGAGGAACACGAUGUAGCAAUCCAUAGAAUCCAAAUCUUGGAGACUGAGUUGCAAAAUCUCAAGGAUGAAAACCUCCGUCUGAAGGAAGUUGAUGGAAAAUCACAGUGGGACACUGGUUCAGGGAAUGGCCAAAAGCACAAGGAUGCUAAAGUAUCGUACACUAAAGAUGGAAUUUCACCAUGGAAAUUAUCGGAUCAAUAUUAUAAAGAUGUGAUGAGGAAAGCAGCUAAUUUUGAGGAUGAAAACAAAGAUGAUAGUCAAGUACCCCUGAGUAGAAGUGUGUAUACGGAUGAUGUUGUUGGUCAAAGGAGAGAAGUUGCAGUUUCACAGAGCCUUUUCAGUGCAAUGUUAUCAGUGUUGGUUGGAAUGAUCAUAUGGGAAGCUAAAGACCCAUGCAUGCCGUUAGUGACAGCUCUUUUUAUGGUGGUUGUUAUGUCGUUAAAAAGUGUUGUCCAGUUCUUCUCCACCAUCAAGAACAAACCAGCAUCUGAUGCAGUUGCUCUUUUGAGUUUGAAUUGGUUCAUACUUGGCACUCUCACAUACCCAACCCUACCCAGAGUUGCUCGUUUAUUAAUGCCUAUCUUUAUCAAAUCAUCAAAACGUGCAUUUGGUGGUUUCUUUCUCUUUCUUACUAAUUAGUUUCUAAAACACGAAGUCAUUUUCUUUUUUGUUUUUUGGUCUUAACUUCAUGACUUAACAGGAUAGUUUUGCUUUCGACUUCUAAUGGUAACAUUAUCAAACAUCUACCCG